AUGCAGUCUGUCCGUCAGAUUGAGCGACUCAACCAGACAGAACUCGACAAGGUCAUUCCUCCAAACGCAUCAUGGCACACCGACUACCGCGACACGGCCUACCUCUACAUCGGCGGUUUGCCAUUUGAGCUGAGCGAAGGAGACAUCCUGACUAUAUUCAGCCAGUAUGGGAAUCCUGUACACAUCAAUCUCGUCCGCGAUAAGGAAACGGGCAAGAGUCGAGGAUUCUGCUUUUUGAAAUACGAGGAUCAGCGGAGUUGCGAUUUGGCGGUUGAUAAUCUCAGUGGAGCGGGCGUCAUGGGUCGUGUGAUGAGUGUGGAUCAUACACGCUAUAAGAAGAAGGAAGGCGAGGUCGAGGGUAUUGGUGACGAGGAGGAAGAGGUGGCUGAUGAUACUGACAGGGAGGGAGACGAUCGCAGGAAGCGGAGGAGGACAGAAAGUGCCAGCGAGAGUGAGGCGGAGCGGCCGCUGCUACGGGAGGAGGUUGAACUGGCGAAGCUAUUGAAGRAUCACGACGAGGAUGACCCGAUGAAGGCAUACCUUGUGAAGGAGAAGAAAGCGGAGGUUGCGGAAGCAUUGAAAGGACUUGUGAAGCACAAGUCGAAGGACAACAGACGGAGCCGGGACGAAAGAGAGCAUCGCCACAGGCAUCGUCAUCGCUCUCGUAAAGAUGGCAACGAUGCAAAAGAUGAUCGGGAGAAAAGGCAAGACGAGCAUCGAUCUAGGCGAGAAGACGAGGACGAUCACAGGAGGCAUCGGUCUCAUCGGUCAAGGCGGGAGAGAUCUCGGACUCCAGACUCGGGACGAGAUGGCGAGCAGCGAAGCCAGAAAUCGAGGCGCCAAAGAUCACGCACGCCUUCUUCCGACAAAGAGGACCGUCGCUCGCAGCACAUGUCAAGACGAGGCGACUCUCGAAGUGAAGAUGAGCAACCGCACAGACGGCGUGAAUCGGAGCAGAAAACGAAACGCUUGAGGGACGACAGGUCGCCAUCGAGAGAGCCCUACAGGCGGCCUUAG